UUAUAUAGGAGAGGAGGCAGCAGCAGCAGCAGCAGCAGCAGCAGCAGUGGCGGAGUCGUCGUGCAGUUCGAGCCAGCAGCGACGUCGAGAGCAGUUGUGUGGCGGUGGCGGCGGCCGCGAGAGGUUGUGAAACAAAAAAGAAGAAUAAGAAGAGAAGCAGCAGCAACAAACACACACACUCACUCGCACGGACAGAGUAGUAGCAGACGGAAAAAAGCUGCGAGAGCCUCGAAGAGCAUAUUAUAAUAGAAGAGGAGGAGAGACGGUGUGUGCAGCAAGUCACCCGCAGCAGCUGCAUUACAAGAACGUCAACGUCAACGUCGUCGUCGUCGUGUUGUGCGCCAGUCAAUAAUAAAAGUGCAGUGUUGUUGUGCAUUAUAUACAAGUGAAAAGUUGAUCAUUUAACGCAACAAAAAAAGUAAAAAAGCAAAAUAAAAAAAAAAGAGAAAAGCAAAAGUUUUUAACAAGUAUUAUUGCACCACGAGACGACUGUGAGAGAAGCUGCAGCAGCAGCCGACGAAGAAGAGGAGCAUGACGACGGACGUGGGCAGCAGCGGCAGCGGCAGCAGCAGCAACAUCAUCAAUGCGACGUCGGCCGCGGCCGCGGCUGUGGCGGCGGCCCAGCAGCAGCAGUUCUGCCUCAGGUGGAACAAUUUCCAAGCCAACAUAACGAGCCAGUUCGAGGCUCUGCGCGACGACGAGGACUUUGUCGACGUCACCUUCGCCUGCGACGGACGACGCCUGCAGGCGCACAAGGUCGUCCUGUCGGCCUGCAGCCCCUACUUCAAGGAGCUCUUCAAGACAAAUCCUUGUAAACAUCCCAUAAUAUUCAUGAGAGAUGUGGAGUUCGAACAUCUGCAAUCUCUCCUGGAGUUUAUGUAUGCUGGGGAAGUCAACAUCUCACAAGCAGAAUUACCAACAUUUCUGCGAACUGCAGAGUCUCUUCAAAUUCGCGGUCUUACAGACUCUCAAGGCAAUCAGCACAACGAAAAGUAUUCGAGGACAAAUAAUAUCAAUGCCUCGAACGGUCGUGGAACAAUGUCGCCAAAUUUCGAUGAUGAUCGCAGUAGAACGCCGCCGCCGUCAAGUCCUCCACCUUUAAAAAGGCUGUGUAAAAGAAGUGAUUCACCUCAGAACUCUAGUCCAGCACCUGCUGUACCAACAUGUGCCACUAAUACACCUCGCUCUCGAACGCUUAUUGAACCUCAAGUUCAGCUUGACUGUUUUAAAGAUAUUGAUGUUGUUGAGCCAAAAGUUGAACUGCCAGAAUAUGGAAGUGAUGAUGAAAAACAAGAUCUCAAUGCAUUACCUGGAGGUUACCUCACAUUGGAUGGUGGAAUGGAAGUUUUGCCUUCCUAUCCACCAACGUAUUCUGGAAGUGGACUUGAUGGAGUAAUGCCUGGACCAUCGCAUGGUAAUGCUGAGCUAAAUCAGGAACAACAGGGUCGACGAGUGAGACGCGGCAGGCCGCGACUCGGCACGCGCGGCAGCGGCGCGGGCAGCAGGCAGCUCCAGGCCUCGACCCACGGGAAUUCGCCGUCACGGAGCGACUGGCUGCCGCUCGACAUGAGGACAACGCCACCAGCCAUGCCGGCCUUCCGCGGCUUCGACGAUUCCGUCUCGUCCGACGGCGUGGUACAUCUGGGCGAGGGCAUAGCCGUGUGCGAGGAGCAGCUGCGCGCCGUCAAGUGGAGCGACUAUCGCAAGCUGACCCGCGGCCUCGCCGCCAUACUGUUCAGCCCGACGGAGCUGGCGACCUGCUCGGUGACGGGGCAGCGCUGGAGCCGCGCCGGCACGGCCACCGAGCGCCCGGUCAAGCCGGCCCUCGACAAGGCCAAAGUUCAAGCCAUCAUAUCGUAUGUGACAUCGAGAUUUCCAUCCGUGGACGUUAGCAGUGUCAAGCAGGUAUUGGCCUAUAAAUGCAAGGAAAACUCCACGGCCUUAAAAAUGAAAUCUAUACGAUACAUUUGUGAACGCCAAGAAACGGAAACGUCACCAGUGCGCCCCGUGGAGCCAGCCGAAGACGUGAAGUGAGCUCGAGUCUCAUCGUAAGGGUGAAGCGCGCAGGUCGUACAUACUUUUCCCGACUACUACUACAAAAACAACAACAACAACAACAACUUCAACUACAACAACAGCAACAUCAACAAUCGCUGCGUUUAGCCGUUUCGUGUAUCGAGAUUUUCGGCUAUUAUACUUGUUCGCAGAGGGAGAGCAAGAAAAAAAAUGCUGCCGUGCAUUACUUUUCUAACUACUCUUGUUAUAAAUCGAUUUCUCGUAUAGUGACUUGCACAUAACACACAAGGGAGUCUCGGUGUCCGACUACGUUUUUAACAUACAUGAUUUCUACAGGAUUGUCGCGAAUGAUUUUUCCGACGAUUCUCAUCCUAAUAUACGUGAAAGAAAAAAAAUUAUCGGUGGUUAUUUAUCACUAUACAUACAUUAUAGAUGUGAUGAUUGUGGAACGUUGUGCUGUGGUUAUUAAUUUUUUCUUUGUUUCUCAUUACUUUUGUUCGCUACUAUCAGAGGGCUUGGAAAACUGCUGUUAUAGAAAAACCAAGGAGUCAAGGAGUCGUGAGUUUUAAACUUGUGAUAUUUUAAUGGAGCGUUAAAAGAAAAAAAAAACAUAUUACUAAUGGCUGUUCAAUAACUAUUAUAGAAUAGGGUACGAGUGUGAUAAAAGUUUUCCGAGCCCGAGAAAUUUUUUAAAAAAAAUCCUAUAUAGCUUCGUAGAGAAUCAUAUAUAAUGCUACGUUAUUAUACUUUUACUGCAUAAAUGUAAAUUUAUUAUUAUUAUUAUUAUUAUUAUUAUUAUUAUCGUUAUAAUUAUUACUAUUAUUAUAGUUUAGAUUGAUGAUCAUACGGUAGUCGUAUUCAAAAGUCAUGUGAUUUAUCUUCCUAGAAAGGUACGUGUUGGUAUAUAAUAUUAUACAUUUAGAAAAAAGUAGGUUUAAACUUUCCGCCACUGCAAGUACGCGCAGUUGCGAAAUCGGAGAGUUUCUUUUGAAACUAUACUGUUGUUGUACAUUUGUUAUGUAUAUGUAAUUUUAUAUAUUUUAAUUGUUGCUUCUUCGACUAGUGAAAAGAUAAAAAAAAUUAACCAUCGUGAAAUUUAACCGGAUACUAAUUGACGUUCGCGUAUACUUGACAGUUUUUUUUAUAAAACAUUUGACAAUGCAAAAAAAUACCUUCCAUUGGACUAAGCAGAGUCGAUAUUUAUUCGUCCUCUCAAAAAAGGCAAAAAACAUAAAUGCCAUAAAAUACGAUAAAUGAAAAAGCUUUUAUUUACGGAAUAUGUUAAAUAAGGCCCGUGCGAAGCGCGCAAUAUAAGGCAACGUAGGACAACAAAGGGAAAUUUUUCAAAUUGCACUGAUAGUAAGUCCCCUGCGAGUAACGACAAAAGCUUUUUCUUUUUAUUUACAUUGUUUUUUUUUCAGCAAUAAAAGAUUGCAAAAAUACUGAUGCAAUUCCCUUUGUCUUGGUAAUCAGCAGUAACAUAUGCCAGAGAAAGCUACGGGGAUCUUGUUGGACGUGAAUAUGUAUAUCUCUCUUUGAACUUUAUCAACAUUGUGCUUUUGUCGCUGACACAAGAUAACAUUCUUGUCUUCUUUUUCGGUAUUAAAAAUUUAAUCUAAAAUGCACGUACAUUUUUUAAAUCUAUAUAAUAAUGUCAUUUCUGGGCGCGAUUAUUACGCUCGUUUUAACGGGCAUUGUGUUGAGAGUAAGAGAGAGCUUCCGUAGAAUCCAAACUCGCAGAAAAGUUGUGUGCUCUCCAAAUCGAAAGUACUUAGCCUUCGAUUUUAGAUGCGUGACUGUACAUCCAAAUGACAUCUUCUUCUCGAUUUCUCGAGAUUGGUACACGAUUGCUUUAGGACCCUCGAAGUUGUUCACAAGGACACUCCGUCGUAAGUUGGAAAAUUUCUCUUUGAUCCAUACGUACACUACUCUGCUGGAGCACGUUAAUAAUGAUUUCAUUAAACAAUUGUCGAUUAUAUUAAAGUUAUGAAUCGAACAAACUCUAAUACAACGAUGUUACGAAUAAACAGAAUUAAAAAAAAAUUAAAUCAUGUCAAAAGCCUAAUAAGAUGUGAAUUGUAAUUAAUGCUCGCAGUUGAAGGGAAAGCGCGCAAAGUAGUAGUAUAAUCGAUGUUUAGUCGGACAACCGAGACUGUGACGGCGACGCGUGUAUUGUAUACGCGCGAAUUAUACGUGUCAUUUCAUGUAUAAAGUAUAUACACUCUGUGAAUUGACUAUGACGAUGACUUUGUAAAAGGCAAACAUAAUUUCACGUGAAAAAAAGGCGAGGAAAAGAAAAGAAAGAAUAAAGAAUGUAUGAUCGCAUAAAAAAGAAAGAAAGGAAGGAAGGAAGAAUGGGAGAGGAAAAUAUUGAGUUACGUAAACGGUAAAGGCUGACGCAAGGAAAUAAUACACACGGCUGUGAGGCGCUUUUUUAUUCGUCGUCAGUGUGGAAGUCGAGGGCGCGAAAAAUAAAGAAAAAAAUAACAAACAUACACAUACACGACUACACACAAACACAUAAUCGCACGUAAAUAGAAAAUUUACGUAUGAAAAAAUUCUAACACUUUUAAGCAUGUUACUCGAUAUAACUCCCCUUCAAUUAUUAUAUCAACACUCUUUUACGUGCCGCAAAAAAAAGUGAAAUAUUAUAAAUGUGAGUCAUUCAUGCAAUGUAUUCGAAAACAGAGAAUGAGCGAGAGAGUUGAGAGCCAUGCAGCCAAGCAAAAUAUAGAAAGAUUCACACACUGUCUUUGUAAUAGUGCAAUAAUGGUUAAAUUAUCUACGAAUCCAACUCCUGAUCCCCUCAAUUAGACCCACAUACAUAAGUAGAGAGGUAAUAAAGUAAAAACACGUAAAAUAUACAUAAUGUAGAUACAAUAUCAAUGAGAUGAGUGUGUGCAAUUUCUUCUUUGAAUAACGUAUACGAAAAAUAAAUAAAUUAAAUAAUGGCUCGGUGUAGGUCAUACUUUAUACAUAAGCCUUAAAUAGUGAUCUAUACAAAAAAAGAACCCAGAAGUUUACAUAACGAUGCAUCAAUUAAUGAUUACGAUACUGUAAGCUUGUGGAAGACAAUUUAUAGUGAUUGAGUACGGUGAACGUAAAGGCUUUUUCUUUCUCGAGAAUGCUGUGAAUAAUUAAUUAUAUAUUAUAAAAAAUAAUAUUCUAUAUUAUGUAUAAACGAUCGAAGGUGCGGUAAUAUGCGAAUUUUUAAACAAGGACUGGCUGUGAGAUUUGUGUUUCGGCCCCAACUGCGAAGAUGUUUUUAGUGAAAAAAUGAAAAAAUAAGAUAACUUUAUCAACAACAGAUGCCGGAUGAAGAGUUAACGAUCAUUAAUUUAGUCGACACAGAAGAUUCAAAGUAUGCAUGUGUGCGAUCAUGCAAAUGAAGAUCUAAAUCGCACAUAUUCAUAAUAUGAAUAAUUUUAAAAACUAUAGCGACGGUAACAAGAUGGAGGAUAGUGAGAAAUUGGAAAAAGUGCGAGAAAAAAGUUGGAAAUGAAUAAUCUCACAACGUAACAAAAAAAAAUUAUAAAAAAAAUGUAGGAAAAAAAUAUGAGUUUAAAUAUAAUGUAAGAUGAAUAUGAAAAAAAAACAAAACAGUAAAAAAAUGAAGCAUGAUUUUUACGCGAUGAUGAUAAUGCUUCAACAUCGUCGAGACCGGGAUACAAGGGUAGACAACAGAACAACAAAACUUUUACGUAGAUGAGCCUAAACAAUUAUUAUCGUUAAAUUUCAUUACUUAAUAGAUACACGAAUUAAGGUGUAUGUGUAUAUAAUAUACGAUUAUUCGUUAAAAUCAUAGGUGAAAAGAACGUCUAUAUUAUUUGUUGGGAGAAAAAUAUAAAUAAAUUAUAUUAUAUAUAUACAAAUACCUAUUGUGAGAAGAUGAAAAAAAAUAUAUAUAUAUUUAGGAUAAUCAUUUGUUAAAUUUUUUUGGUGAUAAUAAACAUAACAUUAAAGAUAGGAUUAUACAGAAAAAGUAUGAUUUUGUAUAAGCAAUUGUAUGCAUAUGAAAAAAAGUACAUUUUAGUAAUGUAACGUAAUGCAUACCUAUAUGUAUAUGGAUCUGUAAAUAUUCAUACACAUGUAUGUAUGUGUCAGUGUGCAGGAAAAAAAAAGAAAAGGAUAGUGCAAUGGCUGACAGUAUAUCCGAUAAAAUUGCAGAUCAUUUUACGAGCUCGUUUCGCAGUAAGGCCUAAGCGCGAGUUCGAUGUGUGAGAGAAAA